AUGUCAUCCCCGGGCGACAAUGAUGCUACUGGUCAGCCCAGUGGUGACGACUCGAUGCAAAUUGGGGACAGCGGCAUCCCACAACAAGAUAAUCAGAACGAAGAAGCUGACGAUAGUUCUGUCCAUGCAAGCGUUCUCAGUAUACCAUCAGAUAGUGAUGCGUCAUCAAAUAGCGACAUGUCAUCAGUUGGCGAAGAUAUAACCACUCUAACUAUGGCGGAACUCGUCGAAAGGUACCGCCAGCUUCAAAAUAGGCAUAAUCAACUUAUCGAAGAGCAUGACCAACUCAAGGAAGAUCAUUUCAUCCUUUGGCAAAACUACAUUGUCUCAUUAGAACACCUGGUAAGAUCUAUGGAAGAUACUUUCACCAAGAAUAGGAGGAUUCAUGAAUUAAGGAGAGCUAGAGAAAACGCGCGAAGUACUAUCAGGCGAAGAGACCAAACGAUACACAAUCUGGAGAACCGGAUUCGGGGAAUCCGCCCACCUCGCACGCCAUGGAGCCAAAUGCUUAGGGUAUAUUACCACGGAGAGGUUGACGAGGACGACGAAGAUUGGUAUGACAGUAUCUACCGCGAGAGCUGUAAACAAGAGAACAUGUCACAGACAUUGAACGUGUUCCACCCGGAUUUUUCCCUCCAAAACGAGGUACUCGGGGAAGCGGCGCGCGCAGAUCUCCUCGCCCAGGACGACCACCUGCCUCAAGCGCCUCAGCUUCUGGUAGAACACCACCCGUUCGCAUUCGAAAUGCUGCCUGCCGAUAUCCAGGUUAAAAUAUUUGGGAAGGUGUUUGUGAGGCGCGAGUUAAUCCACUGCCUCUCGCGGUUGGACCCUGCGAAUCCGCCACUCACAUUUCCCGACGAAGACGACCAACACCGAAGCCAACUACCAACCAGAUUCCACUUCGGCUCAUCGCCGUGCCAGAUCAUCCGGGCGCGUAAACCUAACCAUGUUCUCAGCGCUCUUCUAGUCUGCAGGCGUUGGCUCUAUAUUGGUACACAUGCCUUCUAUGGAGGAAAUACUUUUGCAUUCAGUUCUCUCGGCGAAUGGCAUCGCUUCUGUAAUGGAAUCGGCCCCGCGCGUGUCGAGAGGUUGGCAAACGUCGAACUCAUGUGGCAUGGUGCUCUAAUGCCCAAACACCCUACUCAAAUCUCCCGUCGUACUCUUGGGCUCUCAUGGCUCGCCAAAACUAGACGUCUUCGCACACUAACAGUUCAUGUAGCGGAACGUGUGGGAGGGCGUGCGAGACGCAAAUAUGAGAACAAGAGAGCUAACCGAGUUGAAGAAGACGGCGAGUCUGAUCGAGGAUCGUUCGAUGGCGAGUCUGUCGGCGACCUUCCCUCGGAUAGAAACUUCCAGGCAUACAAGCUCAUGUAUGAGCGCACUAAGAUGCAGCCUAAUUACCGCGGAUACCGCUCGAUGAGAACUAUCCAAGGAAUCGAUUAUGUCUACCAGCUUCGGGGCAUGAAUUGGGUACGGUUCAAAGAGAGGAACGGCCUCGAACAUCGCCAAAUAAUUCGAGAUUGGUCAUUCAUCAAAGAUAUCAACACUCUCGUCGCCUUACCGAAGCAGGUUCCUGAUGCAUUAAAGAGCGAAAUCGAAAACUUGACACCAUUGUCGGGUUUGGCACAGUGGAUUCCUUCGAAUAAGGAUGUCCAAAUGGCGAAGGCCUUCUACGACGAAGACCCCAAUGCGGAUCCUAUAGCUGGCUCUGAGACAAGUGAAUCGGACCAUGGAAUGUUCGGCAAUAUCUCAGAUGGAGAUUCUGAUGAUGACGAUGACUCGAGCAGCGGUGGCGGCGAUCCCCAAAACCCUACGCUCAACGAUCCUACGCCCAAUAGCGGUGAUGUAGACAUUCCAGAUCAGGACUUUGAUGAAGGCGAUGCCCACGAGCUUGACACUCCUCCAGGUAGCGAUGACGAUGAUGACGAUGACGAUGACGGCGACGACGACGAGGGUGGCGGUAACGGCGGUGGCCAAACCAACAACCCUGCCUCGCCAACAGGUCUCGCGGGGCAGUUUGGCGAUUUAAACAUAGAUACCCAAGAGCAUAAGGACGAUCAUAGCGAACGUUUAUUCGUCAGUGAGGGCUCAGGACCCAGCCUUGUUGCCUCCGAUCAUUUAGAUGUCGCCCAAGCACAAACUGCCCACAACAGAGCUAUCAGCUCAGAACCUAGCCCACCCGAACCCCCCAGUGCUGGUCUGCGUAGUGCAGAGUCUUCGGGUCCAAUAGUGAUCGAUCUUACCGGUGACAGUGAUGACGAAUCGUCACUUUUUGUUCGCUCGGCGUCUAAAGCAAAAUCUGUCAAAACCGAACCUAACACGGAUGUUGAUGGCAACUCGUCGCCGCUCUUUGUCCGUUCCGAGCCACCAACCGAAGCAGCCAUGGGCGGAAGUGACCAAAAUACACAAGAUGUAACUAUGGCUGACGCGCCAACACGAAAUGGCGAUAAUCUUGAUAUACCCUUUGAUGAGUCAGAGUCGUCCGAAGAUGACAGGGAGGAUACCCCUCCAGAUAGUGACGAUAGCGAUUCAGAUGACCCCGGCGGAAGCAUGACCACCAGUCAUGCAUCCCGCCCCCCUGCAAAGCGACCCAGUAAGGGCCGCUCGGAUGUCGGAAGCAAGACCAAGCGCCCUAGACUAGGCGGCUUCAAGAUUUCCCCUUCCUGA